UCUUAAUUUAAAUUGAAAAUUCAAAUCUGCCGACCGAAGUUCACCGAAAUUUCACAAAGAACCCGACUCAAAGAAAGAAGAACCGUCCAUCGAACUCCGGCCACCGCCAAUCUCUCCUUCCUCCACUCAGCCGCGCUCCCUUCUCGCCCUCUGUCGCGCUCUCCGCCCACACUCGCUGUCCUGCAACCCAUCCGCCGCACACUUGAAGAAAGGCGCUUCAAGUCCACAUCUGAGCAGGUGUGGAAAAGUUAUGAUGGUUAAUAUAUUGGUAAAAAAUGGUCUCUUCAUGUAGUGUGGUCUUAAAAGCUUCUCAUUGGUAAUGGUAAUGGCGUUAAAGUCACUGUCCUUGCCCUUCUCACCCCAAAGAGAAUGGCCUGUAAAUUUCCUUAAUUCCGAAUUCCUCCCUAGGAAGCAUACUUUUUGUAAUAUUAACAAACCUCGUGAGAAAAGUAGAAUCCUCAGAGAUGUCUCUGUUUCAAUUUCGUGUUCAUCCAUUAAAACGGUUCGAAGCCCGUCUCUAGACAGGCACAUUGUGAAGCAAAACAAGAUUCGGUUUGUUCAAAAGCUGAAAACACUGCUCUUGUCUAAACCAAAGCACUACAUACCUCUGCAUAUUCUUUACAAAUGCCGAUCUUACCUUUCGCUCUCAACGCCCAAGUCGAUUCUCUCAAUGAUCCGUCGUUACCCUUCCAUAUUCGAGGUCUUCUCGAUUCCAUGGCCGCCAAUGCCACUCAACGCCACAAAGUUGUACCCUCAACUUUGUGUCCGCCUGACCCCAGCUGCUGCAGCCCUUGCUGCUCAGGAGUUGGACUACAAAGCGGCCAUCUCAGAUACCUUGGCAGCCAAACUUCAGAAACUACUCAUGCUUUCUUCUCACCAGCGAUUACUUUUGUCGAAACUGGUUCAUCUUGCUCAAGAUCUUGGUCUUCCGCCUAAUUUUCGAUCUCGGUUGUGCAAUGACCAUCCAGAUAAGUUCAAGACUGUUGACACCUCAUACGGCCGGGCACUUGAACUCGUCUUUUGGGACACAAACUUGGUAAAGACCUUACCAUCUCCAGAGGUUCACUCACUUGGGUUGAUAGUAGAGAGGCCUUUGAAGUUCAAGCAAUUGCGACUGAGAAAAGGAUUGAAUUUAAAGCGACGUCAUCAGGACUUUCUGCUUAGGUUUGGAGAAAUUCCAGAUAUUUGUCCUUAUAAAACUACUGCUGCGGAGUUACAAAAAGAGUCCAUUGAGGCGGAGAAGAGGGCUUGUUCAGUGGUGAGAGAGGUGCUGGGGAUGACAAUUGAGAAGAGGACUUUAAUUGAUCACUUGACUCACUUCAGGAAGGAGUUUGGUCUGCCUAACAAGUUGAGAGGGCUGAUUGUGCGGCACCCGGAGUUAUUCUAUGUGAGCUUGAAAGGGCAGAGGGAUUCGGUCCUCUUGGUGGAGGGGUUCGAUGAAAAGGGCAGGCUUCUGGAGAAGGAUAAAUCUUUGCAGAUAAGAGAAAAGUUGAUGGAGUUGGUUAGAGAGGGUAAGAGAAUAAGAAGAGAGAAGAGGAGGGCUCGAACUAAUACUGCAGAAGUCGAUGAUAUUAAUGAUACCAUAGUUAAUUUCUGCGAGACUGAUGAUGAUUACGAUAAUUAUGAUGUCGGUUUCGAGAAUUUGUUCGAAUCGGAAUGUUCAGAUUUGGAGGAUGAUCAUGAUGAGAACGGCGAGCUUUUGUCCUACAGGGACAAUGCAGAGUUUUGGACUGCGGAUGUAGAGCCUUUCCUCAAUGGCCAGGCUGAACAAUCUUUGGAGCCCUGGUAGGCAUUAGUAUGCUAAAUACGUACCCUAUAGAUAAAUCAUGCGAGAGACCAACUUGUAAAAGACAACAGUAUCCAAAGUAACACCUUUGAUGUUCAUAAGGGAAAUAGUUAUUUAGUAUUGUACCCGUAUAAUCGAUAAAAUAUAUAUGUAAGCAAUUUAUAUGUAUCAAUUUUUUUUUUUU